AGAAGGAGUAACAUCGAUCUAAGAUCAAAGGUACAGACCUCCUCGCCGCGAUGGCAAUUAUCUCAGUAUUACGUAAUAUCUUAAUCGCUCAGUGAGCUAGAAACAUCAACAGCGCAUGCGCGUAACUCGUCUAGCCUAAUUUAUUUUUAGCGCGUCACACCAAGAUAAACAACUACGUGACGUCGUCUGUCCGUAGAGAACUGUCAUCCCAAGCAUUUUAUCGCUCUGCUGUCACGAUGGAUUUUUACGAAUUAAAUGACGAACUAGAUUAUGAAAUUCUCGAUGAAUUGGAUGCUGCUAAUGAACAAGAAGAUCAAGAAAAUGAAAAUUUGAUUGAAAACGAAGUGGACUUUGAACAUGAGAAGGAAACCAACACACCAGCAGAUAAUAUUACUAGUUCUUCUUCAGUGUCUCAAAAAAAAAAGAAAGUGACAAAAAAAGCACAAGACAAAAAAAAGACCAAGAAAAAAAGUGUUGAUAGACCUGUAAACAGGUUUACGGAAGAAGAUGCUGUUAGGAAGAUGAAUGACUAUAUUGUGUCAGCACUUGGCUUAUUAAAGAAAGACCCAGUAUACAGCAAUACAAGAUAUCCGAUAGCUCAGCGUGUUAUUUCUUUGGCUAAGGACUUGGAGGAACACACAAAUUCUGCACUUUUUUUAAACUUUUGGGAGAACUCUACCAAACUAGUUUGGCUGUCAACCAUUCAACCACUGCUUAAGCUAAUGCUGGUAGAUAAACAUAAGGUUGAUCUUUCAGAAGAAAGUGAAGGGAAAGCUGCUCCUGAAUUAGACAAACACGCCGAGCAAGUUGUUAGAUAUGUAGCAGGCUAUGUGCCUUAUGCACUAGUAAAAAGAUUUUCUAAAGGUAAAAGCCAGACGGCUAAAGCAUAUUGUAAGGUUUUGAGCUCUUGGCAAGUGUGCAGUACAAGCACAACAUAUUCUUUCCUAAGCUACACAAAAGAA